AUGUUGCUUACGAGAUUAGCGAUUCCAAAUCGAUUUUAUGAUCUCUCAGUUAAAUUUGGUAAAUCAAUGUCAGCCAUCAGUACUGAUGUGAAACAUUUGGCCUUGUACAUUAGUGAUACAUUGGGGUACUUAUUGAAUGUUAAUAGUUAUAAAAUUGAUGAAGAAAGAAAAAGAGUUCUCAAAAAAGAAGGCCAGGAUUUGCAGCUGUAUCAUUAUUAUUCUGAUUUGUGUUUUUUCUUGUAUGGAACCGUGGUCCAGAUCCGCGAUCCUACUAAAAAAAAAAAUGCCAAACCUUCAAACAACGGCCAUAAAAACAACUAUUGUUUGAAUCAGGUGCUCCUUGGAACUGAUAAUAUUAUUUACGGCCUUGAAGGUCCGGUAGCCGGUCUGGUCCAUGAUCUCAGACAUUUUAAAAAAUGA